UAAAGUAUAACAUCACAAUAACGAAUGUUGCCAGCAGUGUGGCCAUAUUGUGAGUGUUGCCAAAUCGCAACUAAUUUGCGACUAUCUGGCAACUCUGUUCGCAGUAUUUGGUAAAAACAAUUACUAGGCCAUAUUUCUUGCAAACAAUAACUUUAUUGACAAAGUCAAGAAGAUGGUUAGCAGCAUUCCACCCGGUGUUGUGCCAAAUUGGAUGCAUAAACUUAAAAAUGGUGCAUACAUGUCCAAUAAAAUUCUGGAACGUUGUUUGCUGUCGUUCAUGUCUGACGAUGAGGCAUCUCAAGCAGUCGAAGAUGCCAUCAGGAUGGGUAUUUUAGUGCCAAAGGCAAAAGCGGCGCGUGCCAAGGGCAAACGAAUCUCGCUCUGUUUCGCUCAGAAGAUAAGCGAGCUACAAAAAUCUCUAAAAACUGAUCCCUAUUGCUUCGAGUGUCACUUGCCGGGCACGGAGCCACUCAAAAAAUGUCUCUUCUGUGUGCGAAGCUUUCAUGCGACCUGCCAGCGUAAAAAUCCACAUCGUCCAAACUAUUCGGUGCCCUCGGACAAGGGUCAACCAUAUCGGUUUCCGCUAAACGAAUCGGAUAUGGAGGAGUCGUGCGAUGAGGAAGAUGAAGCCCAGCAGGGCACAGCCACGCCGGCAUUAACUAUACCAGUGGCACCGAAUGCUUCGUAUGAACUUGAUUACAACAGCAACAUCAGCAACAAAGAUCCGCUUAAACGUGAAGCGGACAGUUCUGAUGAUGUCUUCUUUGUUAGUGAGCAGCCAGCGCGUCAGCGCAAGCGUCGCAGCACACUUAUCAAAAGCGAGGAGGCGCCCGAGGCCAACAACGAACUAGAACUGUGUACACCCUGCCGCCUGCUUAAGCUUUCCGAUCUGUUAAAUCCACCACACGUAUCCAUCGAGGAACUGAACUGUCUGCUAGACUACUCGUGGCAAACGUACCACAGCUGGUUAAAAAAGGAUGUGCGCAAGUACAUGGCAAAGCAUUGGACCGAACGUGAUUCGGCACUUGUCAAGAGCGCUCUUUUUAAAAACGAUACACUUGGCAUCUCGGACAUUUCCCACAGCAUUGAGAUUAAGAAGUACAAGCACUUGUCCGAAUUUCUCAUCGACCUGCUCGACUUGCAGCACAACAUUGGCAUAUUUUUUGGCACCAAGUGCGAGGAAUACAAUGCCACCAAGUGGCUGCUGCGUGACAUCACGCACGAUAUUCGUGAAAUCCGUCGGUGCUCGGAUUGCUAUCGGCAUUCCAACGAGUCAAAUAGCUGCACAUUUUGGUUUGCCAAGCCCUGUACACAGCGCCACGAGCUGGUUUAUGCCAAACAAUAUGGCUCUCCUCACUGGCCGGCCAAGGUUAUACGCGUGAUGACCAGAAAAAGCAACAUAUAUGAUGUGCGCUUUUUCGGUGGAUCGCACUCUCGUGCACUCGUCUCGGCGCGUGAUAUUCUACCUAUAGAUACGGACAUUUCGCAACUUAGCACCAAGGGGAAAAAUUCGCGGACAUUCAACGCUGCACUACGUGAACUCAGGUGUCAUAUGAUGUUACUACAUCAACCUAUGUAUUUGUUUAACUUUUAUGCCGAUCCUCGUGAUGCUGAAGAUCUCAUUAACCGUGCACUACCCCAUUGCAUGGAGGCGGCUGAAGUAAACGCCUCCGUUAAACGACCACGUGCUGUCACGCCAGCAUCCGCUAAGAAGCGCAAAAUUGCGGCCACUGCAACGGCAGCAACUCCAAAGCGCUUGCAACCGUCACGUCGUUGCUCCAUGACUUCUAGACCGGAACUACUGCAACAAAUCACAGCGCACAUGGACACGGCAGGACCUUUUGCCGGUUAUCGUGAAUUGGUGCAAGAAGUUUUGUUCUUGAAUGAAGAACUGACAAGAAACAAGGCUGAGCUCGAGAUUAUGAAAGAGGAGCUAAAAUCAGUGAAACGCAAGAGAUGGUGUCAGCAUUGCCUAGAGGAAGCGGAAUUCGAUUGCUGCUUCAACGCCUCAUACUGCAGCGAUGAAUGCAAACGUCGCGAUAAACGGCGUCACCAGGGCACUUGCGGCCUCCAAUUAAAAUCCUAAUUCCUAACUGAAA